CUCACCUGCCUCAUUGUGGGCAUGGUAGCGUUGGAGGCAAGAGGCAUGUAUAUCAGUAAGACUUCUGUAGAUGCACUGAAUAGGGUCAGACGCUGGUACUUACAGUAGAGUUAUAAAACUAGGUUUUUAACCGUAUGUGGGAUAUAAUUGUUUUAAACUGAGCAAUGCCAAACGAAAAAUAAAAUUUGAGAGGCGAGGAAACCUACCAAAAAGGAUAAGUGUCCACAAAGAAAGAAAUGGCAGAAUUCUGGCUAAUUUCUGCACCUGGUGACAAAUCAAACCAACAGCAGUGGGAGAGAAUGAACACUGUCACCACUAAAGCCAACCUGUCCAGUAAUUUCAAAUUCACAAUUCCUGAUCUUAAGGUAGGCACGUUAGAUGCUCUGGUAAGCCUCUCAGAUGAGCUGGGGAAACUGGAUACCUUUGCUGAGAGUGUUCUAAAGAAAAUUGCACACUCCAUGUCUGAUAUGAUGGAGGAUUCCGAAGACAAAGUUCAGGAAAACCUGUUAGCCAAUGGAGUUGACCUGGUCACCUACUUGACUCGGUUCCAGUGGGAUAUGGCAAAAUACCCAAUACAGCAAUCACUGCACACCCUUUCAGAAGUAAUGUCAAAGCAAAUCUCCCAGAUUGACACAGACUUGAAAGCCCGUUCUGUGGCAUACAGCAACAUCAAGGCCAAUCUGCAGAGCCUGGAAAGAAAAGCUAUGGGGAACCUUUUAACUCGAACACUAACAGACAUUGUGAAUAAGAAUGACUUUGUGCUGGAUUCAGAAUAUCUUACCACCCUUCUAGUUGUUGUUCCAAAGGCAAAUUACGUCAUGUGGCAAAAAACGUACGAAUCUCUGUCAGAUUUAGUGGUACCUCGGUCAACAAAAAAAAUAAUGGAGGAUUCGGAAGGAGGACUUUUCACUGUGACUUUGUUCAAGAAAGCGGUUGAUGAAUUCAAAGCGAAAGCAAGAGAGAACAAGUUCGUGGUGCGUGAAUUUAACUUCAAUGAGAAGGAGCUGCAGUCUGAGAAAGAGGAAAUGACACGGCUGGCUGCGGACAAGAAGCAGCAGUAUGGUCCUCUUCUGCGAUGGCUGAAGGUGAACUUCAGUGAAGCAUUCAUUGCUUGGAUCCAUGUAAAGGCCUUGAGAGUUUUUGUGGAAUCAGUACUGAGAUACGGCCUUCCUGUAAACUUUCAAGCGCUGCUGCUGCAGCCCAACAAGAAGAGCAUGAAACGCCUGCGGGACGUCCUGAACGCACUCUACAAACACUUAGAUGGUGUUGCAGCAGCAAGCGUGGCGGACGCUGUCGUGGAUAUCCCUGGAUUGAGUGUUGGGAACCAGGAUUACUACUCCUAUGUCUACUUCAAGAUAGAUCUGAAUCUGAUAGACCAAAAAUAGAUAACGAGGCCAAGGUAUAAGGUCAUGAUCCAGUGUAAGGUCACAAGUCGAUUUUUGAGAAGAGAUUCAGGAUCUCAGUGCUUAAUAAACCAAAGAGUGUAGAAGAAUAUCAACUGAUUUAACCUGUUUGUCAAAGCUUUUAACAAAUGCUGUAACUAAUCCUUAUUGCAACUGCGUCAGCAUGUUUAGCAUACAUGUUGAAUAGGCAUGCAGCAGAUAAGUUUAACUGCAAUGGCCGCAUAAUACAUUUGGACAAAGCCAAGACAGGCCCGUCUUCCAUUCACCUGUAUUGAACCAUCUGUUGUGUGGUUGUUGAAUAUAAUAAGCCACUAUUUUUUUUUUGUAUCUGCAAUAAAGUUCAGUUCAGUAUACUACACUUUAAAUGCAGAUUAUUAUAACAAUGUAACUGGUUUUAAAAUAUAUCUCCAUAAUCUCUCUCUCUCUAUAUAUAUAUCCACCGUACAAAAAUAUUCAGAGAAGUAUGCCCUCUCCUUUAGGACAGUACAUUAAAUGUCUUGUUUAGUAUCGAAAUGUAAAAUUGAGUUAUGUAUUGUGGACCUUUUGUCACCUGUUCUUCUAAAAUGUAUUGUAGCUCUAAGCUAAGCUUCGCAUUGGGGUUUAAUGUUCCAGGGCUAUGCCACAUGUCUUUUGACUCGCCUAGCCUGCAGGGACUUCAAAUCAGCAAGUGCAGGUGUAAAGAAGUAAAAGAAAUACUCCACAUUAAUGAAACUGAUCAAAAAUAUACUGGAUCGGGUACUUAUUUCUCCUCUAUGAUUUUAAUUUUUAUUUAAUAUUUUGUAAAGAUAUUAACAUGUACAACAUUAUAAAAUGAACUGUAUAUUUAAAAAUGUACAAUUUAAAUAAUGACAAUUUAUGAGUUGACAAUUCAUUAGGAACCAAAAUAAUUACUUGAACUGUACAUAUCAAAUUUUAAAUGAAGAUGUAUAUAUUUA